CAUGUCCCAAAGCUUGUGUAUGCUAUGUAACUUUGGGUUUUGAGAAAAUUGUGAUGAUAUGGAUUCGUCAAGAAAAUAUAAACGAUGUGGUUUUGGAGCUGCACUGUUCGUUGCUAACAUCUUCUUCUCUCUGCUCUCUCUACACUGCAUAUCUGGGGCACAUGGUCAUCAACAAAGAAUGAAAGAAUCGGUUAUGGGUUCAGAGCCUCCCGUGUGUGCGACAAAAUGCCGGAACUGCAAGCCUUGCCUUCCUUAUCUAUUUGACAUUCGUGGUGCUCAUGAUGAUGAUGAUGAUAGUGAACCAUACUAUCCGGUAAAGUGGAUAUGUAGAUGUAGAGAUAGAGUAUUUGAACCUUAAGAAUAGUAUCUAUAUAUACAUUAUUUAUCUAGUGUCUUGCUUCUCAUGGAUGUUCAUGAUCUGACCCAUGAAUGAUGGCAUCAUGAUGGUGGUUCAUUGGAUAUUGUCGGGAAUUAUACAAUCUUUCGAUAUGUAAUCAGGUAAACAUUUACUCGUGGCUUGGCAUGUGUUCAUUGAUAGUCAUGGUGUAUUGGUGUGUAUUAAGAAAGGAAAAAAAGUUGAUGAUGUGUUUGUCAUCUC